GAUUGUUCCCUGAAUCAGCUGUUAGAAAUAUCAUGUUCCAGAUACUUCAGGGGCUCACGUUUAUUCACAAACACGGGUUUUUUCACAGAGACAUGAAACCGGAGAAUCUCCUGUGCAUGGGCCCAGAGCUGGUGAAAAUAGCCGACUUCGGGCUUGCCAGAGAAAUCCGAUCUCGCCCGCCGUACACCGAUUACGUCUCCACCAGAUGGUACAGAGCUCCAGAGGUUCUCCUCAGAUCCACCUCUUACAGUUCACCCAUAGACCAGUGGGCCGUUGGCUGCAUCAUGGCAGAGCUUUACACCCUCAGGCCUCUUUUCCCUGGCUCCAGUGAAGUAGACACCAUAUUCAAAAUUUGCCAAGUCUUAGGGACACCAAAGAAGAACGAUUGGCCGGAGGGAUACCUGCUUGCCAGUGCUAUGAAUUUCCGGUGGCCUCAGUGCGUCCCCAGUAAUCUGAAGACACUGAUCCCUAAUGCCAGUCCUGAAGCCAUCCACCUGAUGACAGACCUCCUGCAGUGGGACCCCAAGAAGAGACCAGCUUCUGCCCAGGCUCUCAGGUACUCGUACUUCCACGUGGGCCAGGCUUUGGGCACGCCCCAGCAGAUCCUGGAGCAGGGCAGACCUCAGCCGAGCCUCGUGCCGCUGCAGGUUCCUAUACAGCAACAACAGACGCUGCAGCACCCGCCUCUGCUGCUAAAGCCUGUGCUGCCUCUGUCCCAGCCUCCACCUCACAACCAACACUGCCCCCCGUCCAGACCUCUCCAGCAGAUCCAGCCCUCCCCUGUGCCGCCCGCCGCCCAGGCAGCGGCGUACCAACGGCACAUGGAGCUGGUCAGAGAGCAGCAACCGAAGCACAUGCUGAAGCAGGAUCAGACUCAAGGAACACCGCAGAGCCAUCUCCCUUAUAUUGUUGACAAGAGUCUGCAGAGUAAGCAAGCGAGGCAUGAGACAGAGAAUUCCAACCUUCUGAGCUACCAGCUGAAACCUAAAGGAGGACGGAGACGUUGGGGCCACGGCACAGGACACCUCAAAGGCGAAGACUGGGACGACUACGAAGACUCUCAUCUCACAUCCAUCAGUAUUCUCGGGAAGAGCAACUUCUCCAGCGAGAAGUCGCGGCAGCAGGAGGACGCGCUGAGCAGGUAUGGAAACGCUCUGGAUUUCAGUCGACCCAAAGUAAAGGAAGACGCACCUUUGAACCUGAACAAGUCUUCAGCUUACCAAGAGCCAUCAAGAACCGCUUCAGCUAAACAGCAUUACCUGAGGCAGUCGAGAUAUUUACCAGGCAUUAGCACAAAGAAGAACGUGGCCAUAAAUGCCAGUAAAGACUUCACUGGCAGCCAUCUUUGGGGAAACAGCAGUAUCCCCUUUGGAGGGACUCUGCCGAGCAGAGGAGCUCACGGUACAAACACAAUCCCAGGUGGAUACAUGCCAUCGUUUUACAAGAAGGACCUCGGCUCUGCUGGUCACAGAGGGCAGCAGGGUCCUACAAUGGAAUCAACAGCAUCAAAUUAUGCAACAUGGCAGUCCGGUCGGAGUCACAUGAGCACCUCUGCUAGCACAACGAUGGUCAACAAGAGCACCUCCGGCCUGCUGCCUCGCCCUCCGGUUCAGAGCAUCCACGGGCGAACAGACUGGUCUGCCAAAUACGGACACCGCUAGUGCCGUCUCCAUGGAGCCUCGUUACUCUUUCACCUCCAAAGAGUAGGCCUAGUCGUUUUAUAAUCAAACCUGUACAUACAUCUUACACAGCAAUAAUAUCUUCUUCUUUUCUGUUGUUGUAUGUAUUAUGGAUGUUUGUGAGCUGUAAAUUAUCAAAGUGGAUGUGUAAAGCUUGAUGCAACCGGCCAAGAUUUGAGCCUACUUUGCUCCUCUGUGUUUUUUUUAUUUUGUAUUUGUGUAACAGAGCUGCUGUCUGGAUUAAAGACAGGCUUUUCAUUUCAGUAAGAUUAUAAAAUGCAGGUGGUUGCCACAUUGUGCAAUGCUUUUCUUUUGCAAGUAAAAUGGUCCAAGUUAAUAUAUUCUGCUUGGCCUUUUGAGUGUGAUCAUUGAAUAUCCAGUUAUCGAGUAUCAUUAAACUUUGAACUGGGCGCCAA